AUGGAGUCUACUGCUGUGAGCUCACUAAUAUGGAUUCCAAGGGGCUAUCCAGCCAGUAACCCUAAAUGUCGUGCACAUUUCUCAAUGACUGAUGAUGAAAUUCAGGAAUAUAUAAACAAGAUGGGAAUUGAUUCUCUUCUCAAUGAUGAUAUUAGGCAAAAUAGGAGCACACCUUAUGGUAGUAAUUUCUUUCAUAUUAUUGAAAAUGAACUUAGUAUGUCUGAGAAAGACCCAUACAUCUUACAUGACAAAGUCUUAAAUGACUCUGAUAAUGAGGAUGCCAUAGUAGUUAGACCAGACGAUUCUUUGAUAGCAUCAACUGUUAUUGAAGAUGACACUGCUAGCUUACAAGUAUAUCUGUAUUCUAUUGAUGAUGGAAGCUUUUAUGUGCAUCAUGAUGUCUUAAUUGGAGGAUACCCACUCUGUAUGGACUGGCUUUAUGAUCCUAUGAAGUGUGAUGAAAGUAAGAAUAUAGUAGCUGUUGGAUCGUUCGAAAGUGCAAUUAAAUUAUGGGACUUAGAUUCUAUAGACUCUUUAGAUCCAGUUAGAAUUUUAGGCAAAAUACCUGGAGAGAGAGGAAAUAGUAGUGGUCAUAAGGGUGCUGUUAUGUGUCUCCAUGCUCAUCCACAAAACUCAACGAUUCUUGGUUCAGGCUCAGCUGAUAAGACAGUCAGAGUCUGGGAUAUAGUAGAAAAUAAGUCCAUUGAAUGCUAUAAAAAGUGUAAAAAUAAAGUUCAAUGCAUAGAGUGGCACCCAAAGGAAAGAAAUAUCUUGUUUUCUGCUGAUUUUGACAGGGCUUUACAUAUAUGGGAUGUACGAAGUGCUGAAAGAGAUAGUGUAUUACUGCAUUAUGAUGAGCAAUAUGGGGAACCUGAAUCAAUGACUAUACCUAAUUAUUCUGGAAGUGAAUAUAUUGUAAUUAUUUCUACUGAAAAUGGAUUUAUAAUUGGAUUUGACACUAGGAUGAUUCUAAAUUGUGCUAACAAAGGCCGCAUUUUUUGUUCACAAGGAUCUAUAAAUAACAAACCAAUAACUGGCAUAUGUACAACUAAUAUCAGAAAUAUGUUAGUUAGUUGUGACAUUAGUGGAAUAGCAAAGAUAUGGAAUCUCACAGAUAUGACUAAUUGUGUUGCAGAGAAACAGCUGAAGAAUGGAGGAUUGUUUACUUGCAAAAGCUGCCCAGAUGAAUCUGCUCUGGUAGCAUUUGGUGGUGAGUCAGUUGCUUUAUGGAACAUAGGACAGGAAGAAUUGAUUGCGACUACAUUUGGUUUCAGUUUAGAAUGA